AUGCUUGCGAGCGAAACCCGAGUUCGACCUCGAAUAGCUGUUGUCGUGCAGCGGCAGUACGUUGCCGCUGCAGCGCCAGCGAUCGAUCCCCGGAGGCCCACCCGUCAGAGCCGAACCAGUGAACCACAGCGUCAGCAACAGAGCUUCGAGGGUUUCGGUACGGGUACGGUUUCGCGCCCCGUCGGGCGCACCUCGGCGGGUGUAAUCAUAAGCGUGAUCGUCGUGAGCGCUGCACUGGGCACAGCCGGGUACUUCGGCGUGCAGCGUUUCUUGAAGCAGCGCGAGCAGCUUAUCGUUGAGUUUGGCGAGGAAAUGGUCCAGGCCCUGCAGUUCGUUGAGCGACGCUCUGCAGAUGACAUCCCUGACGAGGAUCGACUGCGGAAGGAGCUCACUCAUGUAACCCGCGUCUACAGCGCAAAGGCGCCACUCUGGGGACAGAAACGGCGAAUGUACAGCUCGUUUUUGUACACGCUGAUCCGAAACGUGAAAUUGACGGUGGGCGGGAUUAUGGCAGCACGCAUUGCGCAGCAAAUGCUGGGUGUAUCGGAGCGUACUGCAGAGCAAGUGAUGAACGCGCUCACUGAAGAGCGACUCGCAUCAGCGCCAAGCUUGCUGAGCAAGCUGCUCUUCCUUAGCGAGCGACUCGGAAUGAACAGCAAAUCCCUACGCAUUCGCGACAAGCUCUCGUUCAGUGCCGAAGCUGUGAGGAGUUUGCAACAAAACUUAUGCGAAAGCUGUUAUCGGGACGUUAUAGAGGAAAGAAUAAGUCGUCUGAAGGAGGCGCGUGGCGAGCAAACGCUGACCGCGGCGGGCCUGCCGGGCCCCGGUCAGGACGCGGAGCUUGAGCGCUUCCGAAGGCGUCUAACGCGGCUCUCGCUCGAUAUCGAACUCGCUAGGGAUAUGCUGCAAUCGAACAACAUUCCGAAAGGGUACGAAUUGCUCGGACUCGGUGAGCGCGAUGCGCGCACGAUCAUCGAGAAUUUCAUCGCGGACAAAGAACGCGCAGUGGACGCCACAGCUCGCGACAUUGAGGCUCGCGAACGCUCCAUCAUGGCUCGCCAGCGCGAAUCCGCCGCUGAGGCAUCUGGCAGCGGGGGCGCAAAGCCCGCAACCCACCGCUUCGAGUGCCAGCGGUGCGGUUACACCCUGUUUCCAGCUGCUGGGAGGGAGUGGAAGUUUUACGGUGAUGAUUUCAAGUGCCCGCAGUGCGGUGCACCCAAGUCGGACUUUCGGGAUACCUCCGAGCAAUCGUAA